UUGCUAAAUAUACUCUCCAAAAUUCCUUUUUUCGUGUCGUGCUUAAAAGUUUCAAUAUUUUUGGCGAUUCAUUUUUGACAACCUACUCAAACCAGUUAUAUAUUCCUCAUCUAACGACACGUGAACCAAUUUGUUUUUAAACUUGGAUUUUUAUGUUCUCGGGAGCUGGCAGACACAGGUUGAAGAUUAUUAUUUGAAGAAGUUCAUUGAAAAUUGUUCUAAAUUUAUAGUUUCUGUAUUUAAUAUCCUAAUGGCCGAGAAUAAUAACAAUUUUAAGAGUGAAGUUGUAUUUGAUGACUUGGAUGCCAUGGAAACUGAGGCUGCUACUCAAGCCAAUAUAUCCGCUCAACUGGCUAUGAAAAUCUGGUCCGUAACACCUGAUGAUAUUUCCCUGGGGCUCGUGGAGCAGCCCGAGCAUUUUGUGCCAAACUGUGGAACUGCAACAGAAAAUGAAUCAGGAAAUGAUAGUCCUGGAAAUGCAUCAGGAACCGGAUCUGGAACUGAAUCUGGAAGUGGUUCUGGAAAUGAAACCGUUAGUAAGCCACCGGCUAACGAUAAUGCCAGCAUUUACUUGUCAGAAGUGGAGCGGGUACUUUAUGGAGAUACCACAGGUUAUCCGGAAUAUGGCAGUCCAAAUUUCUUUAAGGCCGCCGAGAAUUAUUCCCUCUUCGGGGAAAGCUUUCUGGACUUUCCCAAGGACACUGCCAUCUGUUUAGCUGGUCUGGGAACGAUGGCGAAUCAAGCUUGGCAUUCAACACCGGUUAUCGAACGAUCUGCCAUGUCGGUUCCUUUAUAUGAACGGCGACAAGCUGCGGAAACAGAACGAGCUACCUCCGUGACAAACUGUUUGGGGUGCGCCUAUCAGCAAAGGCAGCAGCAACUACAGAAGCAGCAGCAACAACAACAACAGCAGCAGCAGCAGCAACAACAUCAGCAGCAACAACAGCACCAUCAGCAGAAUCAACAUAAACAACAACAGCAGCAGCAUCAUCCUCGUCAACCUGGCACCGACAACAAUAACAACAACAAUCGCAACGGCGUCAAAAAUUUCAAUGAGAUACCAUUUCCUCAGUUCUACCAUCAGAUGCACCACCAAUCGCAGCCGCAGCCACAGCUAAAUCCACCGCAUAACCAUAUCCACUUGCAACAUAAAACAGUGCAGCAACAAGGGGCAAACCCAACACAGCAGCAGCAAUACCAGCAGCAGCAACACCAGCAGCAGCAACACCAGCACCAGCAGCAAAACCAGCAGCAGCAGCCCCACCAGCAGCAGCAACAUCGUCAAGCGGGAAACUCAUUUGCAGGAGACUUGGGAGGAUUGAAUUUUUCCAAUGCCAAUGAUCUGGCUUUGCUCUAUCAGCAAAUAAUGGCCGGUAACUUGCGCACAAACCAACAGCAACAUCAGCACCAGCAGCAACAUCGUACUGGAGCAGUUCCCAGUAUCGGGGAUUUGGCAGGAUUGGCUCAUGCCAAUCCCAAUGAUAUUGCGUUGCUUUACCGGCAAUUAAUGGCUCAAAAUUUGCGGUCAAAUCAGCAGCUUCGCCAGCAACAACAGCAACCUCGUCUGCCACGUGCCAUUUAUGGGGGCAACGGUGGACAGUCAGGCGGUGGAGGUGGAAAUACACCAAACGGAAAGGAACCCCCAGCAGGAAAUCACAAAUAAGAUGUGUGCACCAAUUCAAAGGUCAGA